AUGGUCUAUCGUCCAGUACACCAGAAGGUGGGAGAGAGGGCAGAGUUUGAGGAGCUGGAUGAGCUACACUACCAGGACACAGACUCAGACGUGCCAGAGCAGAGGGACAGCAAGUGCAAGGUCAAAUGGACCCAUGCGGAGAAUCGCACUGACCAGCAAUGCCAGUACCGGUGGCUGAGGGUCUUGAAUCCAGAUCUUGUCAAGGGGCCGUGGACCAAAGAGGAAGACGAGAAGGUCAUCGAGCUGGUUAAGAAGUACGGCACGAAGCAGUGGACGCUGAUUGCCAAGCACCUGAAGGGCCGGUUGGGAAAGCAGUGUCGUGAGCGCUGGCACAACCACCUCAACCCCGAGGUGAAAAAGUCCUGCUGGACCGAGGAGGAGGACCGCAUCAUCUGUGAGGCCCACAAGGUGCUGGGCAACCGCUGGGCCGAGAUCGCCAAGAUGCUGCCGGGAAGGACAGACAAUGCUGUGAAGAAUCACUGGAAUUCCACCAUCAAAAGGAAGGUGGACACAGGAGGCUUCCUGAGCGAGUCCAAAGACUGCAAGCCCCCUGUGUACCUGCUGCUGGAGCUCGAGGACAAGGAGAGCCCCCAGAGUGGCCACCCCUCGGAAGGCCAGGGAAGUCUUGGGAGCAGCUGGUCCCCAGCGCUCCCUGCCAUGAAGGAAGAGGACAGCAGUGAGGAGGAGACCUCAGCAGCAGCCCCGGCUGAGGAGCAGGAAGCUGCCCCUGCAGAGCUGGACCGAGUGUGCACACCAGAGCCCUUAGACGACACCCCCAAGCGUGAAGACCAGGAGGGCUCCUCUCCAGAAAUCAGCUUGCCGUAUAAGUGGGUGGUGGAGGCUGCCAACCUCCUGAUUCCAGCCGAGGGGUCCAGCUUCUCGGAAGCCCUGGACUUGAUCGAGUCGGUAAUGUUGGUCACAGCACUUCCCAGCGGGCCCAGAGCAGGGAGUCCUCUCGUGGGCGGGCAUCCUUGUGUUCACUCAUUAUCCCAAUAGCAUUUACU